CCGGAGCCGGAAGGGGCGGGCGAUGGGAUGCGUGCGCGCUUCGCAGUUCUGAAUCCCCGGAACCCACCAAAAGGACCGCAGCGCUGCCCACAGUCCCAUUCAGUCCCCAGGCCCCCGGCUCUGCGCCCUCUGCGGUAGGGAGGGAGUGGCGAGGCCAGCUCCGCGCUAGUGUAGCGAGAGCCCGCGUGUGCCUUCUGGAGAAGCAAGUCACUGAGUGGAGAAACUCUAGCCAUGGAAACCCUAAAAUCUGAGACCAAAAAGAGGGUCCUCCCCUCAUGGAUGACAGCGCCUGUGAAUGAGAAAAAGGUUGUAUCAGUGAAGACAACCAAGAGGAAGCAGACAGCGGCCAUGCGAGUUGGGACAGCAACAAGAACCCCUGCCACCAAGACUGUGUACUGCAUGAAUGAAGCCGAAAUGGUAGAUGUGGCGCUGGGGAUCCUGAUUGAGGGCCGCAAACAGGAAAAGCCCUGGGAACAGCCGUCUCUGGAGGCCACCGAUAAGCUGCAGCUCUCCCCUCUCUGUUCCACAUCCCCUCGCACCAGCUCCCCCGGGGGGAGCAGCAACGAGGAGGAGGAGGAGAAGGAGGAGGAGGAGGAGGAAGAAGAAGAGAGUAGUAGGAGCAGCUCGCCUGCUCUAGGCCUCAGCCCUCCCCAAGGACCAGAAGUUUCUGACUCUCCCUGUAGCAGAAGCCCCGAGGAGGGAAAGGAGGAGGAAGAUGCGUUAAAGUACGUCAGGGAGAUAUUUUUCAGUUAGUAUGAGCUGUUCGCUGCUUCUGCUGAGAGCUGCGGGCGCUGCCCGCCCCUGCCACUCACAAACACCAGGCUUUGCUCCCAACUUCCAGUCCCAGGAGGCUGUCAGUUUGGGUGGGCCUUUUUCUGUAGCAGGAUGCAGAAAUGCAUCCUGUUACAGACUUAUUUCUGCACCGCCCUCUAGCUCUGAGGCUUGGCAAUCCCAGCCCUGUGUUGUUUUGUUCACAGUAAAAAUGAGGUCUUGGGCCUACUUGCCAGAAACAAAGAAAAACAGAGCUGCUGAGAACACGGGAAUUCUAGACGGGCAGCCAGAUCUAGACUUAAAGAGACCUGUGAGCAGUCUGCCUCAUGACACAGUCCAGCAGUAAGCUUCCCCCCUCCCAACUAAACAGGCUGGCAGCUGCCGGCCCACAGUUCCCUGCCAGUCUAGGAGCAGGAGGCUCUAUCAGGCUAGUGAGCCAUACAGGUGACCUGCCUCCCACUGGUCACCUCUCUUCCCCCCUGGUCCCUGUAAGGGAGAGUGGGGCAGGAGAUGCUGAGGACAAAAGAUCACACCAGAGUCCACGUUUCUUUGUGUUCACUCUGGCUUUUGAUGAGCAUAGAAUGAAGAACUCAUUGCCAUGUAGGUUUUCUGAUACACAGACACUGAAAAAAAUAUAUGCUGAUGCCCCAGUGCAUAAUAAAGACCGUGCUUUUGCCUUU